GACCGCUCAUGCUUACUAUGCUACUGAACAGCUUGCUGCCCAAGACUUUGAAGCCAAUCAGAACCUCACGAUAGAGGGGCAAAAAGUUUUUGUUGUGUACGCAUCUGCUUCCAAGGAAAAAUCUCCAAAAAGGAAUAAAAAAGCUAAAAAACCUGCUGCCAAGAAAAUGAAGUUAGAGCCAAAAGUUGUCGAGGACGAUGACGACGAAGAUGACGACGAUGAUGACGACGACGAUGACGAAUGAUUUUUAAUUUGAUUUUUACUAUUCAUUGUUAACUCCAUCAUAUGGACAUUCUUUUUUUAAAUAAAGUUUUUAUGUAGUGCCAGUAGGCAUACAUUCCUUCGUUAAA